AUGGAUGCUGUGAUUGAACAAGGCAACGUAAUGGCUAGGUUUACUGGUAUCAAUACAACACAUGAGAACGUUUCCUUUCCGUUAUUUUCGACAUUUCCAUUGGAGAUUCGACGUCAAAUCUGGAAGCAUGCCCUAAUAGGCCCUCAUAUUCACAUUAUAUCUAGCCACGUGGCAACUCGCAGCAGGAUUACGGAAAUCAUGCAAACAUGCAAGGAGGCAUAUGAUGAAGGCAUUCAGCUACAAUUUUCUCAUUUCACAUUUUGUAAUUACGAUUCGUGGGGUGACGAGAAUUGCCAUGCACAGCUUCCAAAACACUACAUGAACCCAGACGCCGAUAUCAUGUGGCUCGUUGACAGUUCUAAGUGUAAACUUCCUAGCUCCUUGGCAUUGUAUGAAGGACGUCCUCCAUAUCGUAUGGUAAAGAUCUUUGCUAUAAAUCAUCAGCUAUGGCACGAUCCACGGCCGCAAUGGGAUAGCCAAGCAAUGGGCUGGGUAGUGGGAACGUUAUCCUUUCUACCAUACCAGAUGUGUGAGGAAAUAUACGUCGUUCUAAAUGAUGUUGCCUUUACCCUGGACCAUGGGGUGACUUUCGUCGAGCCAGUAGAUGGUCGUGAUGAGCCUCUCUCCUCUCGAACAUUUACCUCCCAAGGCUAUGAGAAGCCUAACUCCGUUUUAUUCAAAGAAGCAGAACGAAGAAAGAAAAAUUUAGAAGACUUUAGAAAACAGCUCUCCAAAUUCGAAGAUGACCAUCAAGAAAAUAUCAAUGAAGAUACUUGGUUCAAUUAUCCACCUAACAUACGCUAUGUUAUAGCAAAACCAAGCGGACAUCCUUCCUCAUUUACGUGUAUCAAGAAUCAAACGCCGACGGUUGUUGGUCACAAAUCUCUCACUCCACUCAACAAAGAUUCAUUGUCCGACUAUCUCGAAUUUCUGGUCUCGAAUGAAGAUGAUGACAUCUGGCUUCCGAUGGAAAAAGACAAGGAUUCUUAUAAUAGCGAUAACGCAGAGGAAGACUUGUACGAAGACGAUUUAGAGUACGAUAGCAAUGCUGAUGACGGGGAUGUAGAAAAUGAGGAGGACCAGGAGGAUAUGGAGGAAGAUAUGGAGAAUGAUGAGAAAGAAAUUGGAGCGGAGAACGAAGAUCUGGGUACUAGCACGAGCUCGAAUGCGGAUCCCGAGGAUAGAAUUUUCCGAACUUUGCCUUUUAGUCCAGCUGUUGAGGCUCUUGGCUUUCAAGAUUACACCCCAUUUACAAAUAAUGGGGAUGUAAUGGUACAUAACCAAAUGCCAUUCCCAGACUAA